UGCGACCCGGCCAGAAGGCGCACACGGUCGCAAGGACCAUGUAGAAUCAGUCCGUGCAGCACCCUCUGACUAUCGCCCUCGCGGUCUACCGUUACGUGACGGCUCGUCAACCAGUGAAAGCUCGCGGGGGUGAAAGAUAUAGCGUGCCGCGAACAAGCGUGAUGCAAAGCGGUCGCGUUUAAGGGGGGUGAUUUUUCGUUUUCAAUCGCGAUCGAAGAAAAUUCUUGAAAUUCUUCACGGUCGAAUUUCUUUUAAAUAACUGAGUACACUUAGUGAUACCGAAGUGGUCGUAUAUUAAAAAGAGCGCGGACACGCGUGGUGCGCAAGUUUAGUAGUUUUUGAAACAGCCCCCUUCAUGUCGAGGAAAAGAAAGGGUUGUCAAGAUGAGAAAACGUGAUAUAUUUGGUGCUUGGAUAGGAUUUUCUAGUUGUAGGAGAAGGUUCGUAAAGGAGGGCAUUUAGAAAAGUGAAUAUUUCGAAUCGGAUCUCUUAUCAUUCGCCAUGAACGCGAAACGCAUCGUGGCUUAUCAUUAUGGGGUGAUAAUGACGAUCUCUCAGAAAUAGAUCAAGAUUCAAGAUUAAGUAUUUGGAUGGCUUGCAAACGAAAGCGGAAAAAGCUUGAGAUACGACGUACCUGAGGGAACGUAUUCGAAAGCCUGUGCCACUGCGCCAUUCAACAUGGCGUAGCGGCGUGAAUUCAAAUAUCAAUGCGCUAUAGCGGCUAUAGACAAGCAUUUUGGACGAUAGUAAACAGCCAUGCGGUAGCGUGGCCUAAGCGAGAGCUUAGAGCACUAGUCCGAUAAAUUUCGGCUCCGAAUCGGAGCGAAGGUAAAUUAAACACCAUCAGAAGAACAGCCUUGGCAUCCAUGGUGGUGAAUCCCGGCGAUGAUCGGGUACAAUCAACACAAUUCCGGCUACAACAAGCUAUUCACUCAGGGCUCGGCGGACUCAAACUAUUCGCAGCCGAGCUCGGAUCUUUCUCUGGACGAGGAGAAGGAGAGCCUGCGACGCGAGAAGGAGAGGCAGGCCCUCAAUCAACUCGAAAAAGCCAGAUCGAAGCCGGUAGCAUUUGCAGUGCGGACUAACGUGAGCUAUGACGGAUCCGUCGACGAUGACUCACCUGUCCACGGUUCGGCCGUCAGCUUCGACGUCCGUGACUUUCUUCACAUCAAGGAGAAGUAUGACAACAACUGGUGGAUCGGCAGGCUCGUGAAAGAGAAUUGCGACGUGGGUUUCAUCCCGUCACCUGUGAAGCUGGAGGCCUUAAGGUUACAGGCGAGCGCCGCGCGUGGCACGAAGGGCCUCUACUCGACGCGAGGAGGGUCUUCAGGGAACCUUGGCGAGAGUGGUAUGCCCUCACGUGGUUCCACACCACCUACGCCAGGUGACGACAGCGAUAGUGUCGGGAACGUGCGACCCGGCAAGGCGACCCUGACGACCCCACCCGCUAAGGAGAAGCGGAAGAACUUCUUCAAGAAGCCGUCCUACGAGACGACGACUCCUUACGACGUGGUACCUUCCAUGAGGCCCGUAGUGCUGGUCGGGCCGUCGCUCAAGGGCUACCAAGUGACGGAUAUGAUGCAGAAGGCGCUCUUCGAUUUUCUCAAACAUCGCUUCGAAGGCAGAAUUAUUAUCACAAGGGUAAUGGCGGAUAUAUCGUUAGCGAAGAGAUCCUUGCUGAACAAUCCAACUAAAAGAGCGAUCAUGGAACGGUCGACCAGUAGGAGCAGUUGUUUAGCGGAAGUUCAGCAAGAGAUCGAGAGGAUUUUCGAACUUGCUAGAACUCUUCAGCUAGUUGUUUUGGAUUGCGACACCAUAAAUCAUCCGUCGCAACUGGCGAAGACCAGCUUGGCGCCCACUAUCGUUUACUUGAAGAUUUCUUCGCCGAAGGUUCUGCAGAGGCUGAUCAAAACCCGAGGAAAGUCGCAGAUACGUCACCUUAACGUACAAAUGGUGGCCGCGGAAAAGUUGGCGCAGUGUCCGCCAGAAAUGUUCGAUGUCAUCCUGGACGAGAAUCAAUUAGAGGAGGCAUGCGAACACGUGGCCGAGUACCUGGAAGCUUACUGGAGGGCGACGCAUCCGCCCGACUUUUCUACGGUGCCACGCGCCGUGCCUGCACCCGAUGCACCGGCGGACACGUACCCGCAACGUGUGCCAUCAGGUGCCCCUCAUGAGCCUUACUAUCAUCGAAGAGGUGCCAGAGAUGAAGUAACGAGAAGAUCGCGGCUGGAACGGAUGGAUCGCGAUCGAAGCGAUCGCAUGGAUCACGACUACGGCGAGGAGGAACACGGCGUCGAUUACGGUAGUGCCUCGAGACGUCGCCAGCAGCAGGACUCGCGUGCUCUUAAUGCUAUUUAGGAGCUGGGGCCCCGGGGCCUGUCGCUUCAGCGCUGUCCCCACCUGCGCACCACCGCCCUUUAGCGGGCUCGCCUCCCGGUAACGCUACCGAACGCUAGGAAGUGCGCAACGCUACCUCGCGAUAAGAUCGCUGCGCUCUGUUAGUGGGGCUGUUUCCUGUCGCGCUACUCUAUAUGCUAAGAAAAACAAGAAGAAUACAGAAAUCCAGAUCGGCUGACAGCACACGCCACCAACGAAUCUGAAAAAAAAAAGAUGCUACCAUAUAUAUCGAUUCUAUCCGACGCACCUCGACGAUCUCGAAACCGUCGACGAUUCAUCUCCGCGUACCUAUUCCACCAAGGAACCUCGCUAUCGAAUACGCUACCUGUCGCCAGCAGCGUGCACGUUAGUCCCGCAAAACGUUUUGUGCUUGCAUUUUUUUUAUCGCGCUACCCGCGAGGAAAAGUACAAAUUAAUACGCGAGAUUUUAUUGCUGUUUAAUUAGAGAACAGGAUUCAAUUGCAACAUAACUGCUGGAAAAUUCUUCGGCAUGCUCUAAACAUGCAUCCUUAUCUUCCGAAAGCUCUUGCAUCUGUAAUAAUACACCACUAUAUUAUAACGCUGUUAUUAUUCCUUUUUACUCUACUGGAUAUACUUCAAUAACAUUCGCGGUCAACUUAAUUGUAUACUUAUACUUUAUUAAUAAUGAAUCAACAAAGACGUUUUGAUCAUAAAACAUUUAAAUCUCUUUUUUACUUCUUCUCUUCUUCUUCUCCUGAUAUGCUACUGAUCACCAGUAGCGUACACAUAUGGUUGUCAAGAUAUCUUUAUUCCGCCAAAUCUAAAUCGCUUUAUCGUCGGACUGCAAAGAAUCGAAAACAGAAGCGCUGUUCCUGAGUAUUGCUGAAUGAAUUUCAUUAGCACAUUACAAAUUUCGCAAUUUUUGCACACAUUGUCUAUAUAUAAAAACAUAUCUUCAUCUUCGUACAUUACGUCUUCGACAAUUAAUGCCCCGAUUAAUAUCACGAACGCGUACCACUCUGGCGAUGUCAUCCACAAUUGCAGAAUUAUGCUACUUAUUGAUCAUAUACCAACUACCAAACUAUUCUCACGCACAAAUACCAUCGAGAUGUACUAUCUGAUGACGUAUAUGCUUAAGAGCUCUGCUGUGUUAUGUAGAGGGAACAUGUCAACCCCCACCCAUCCCCGCUCAUUACAACGAUUAAGCGUAAUCUAUGCCAAACGUAUCGAAUGCUCACCAUAAUUGCUGGCCACGACAAAAUGCACGCAUCGUUUCGAGAUGCACGUUACAUGACAUCUUUUAUGCUACUUUAUACGAAAAGAAGAUAAUGUUGUGAGAUCAUACUGUAAAUGAAAAUAUACACACUUGACUGCA